GUCAGAGUUUUGUGGACGUUGUCAACAUGUCUGCGGCGUUGGGUUCCAGCGACAAGGGCGUGGAGGAGCUGAGUCAGAACGACUGGCUUGCCAUCCAGCUGCCCAAGGAGAUCCUCAGUCACGGAGGAAAGUUGGCACAUCACUUCCGCACGCUUGCCCUCGACGCGCAGGACGCGGUGAAGCGCGAUGUCCUGCGGCGAUUUGACAGCCUGAAGAAAGAAUCCACGAAAGAGUUUCCCGCGACGUUGUUUGAAGGGGAAGAUUUGGAUCGCAUUCGUAUUUUCAACUCCAAAGACACGGCCGAGCUCAAGUCCUUUCAAACGUCAACCCCGUCGGCCGUUCUCAGGGAAUUGCAAUUGUGCCAGACGCCAACGUCUGCCAACAACCAUCAGGUUACAUGUUUCCAAACAUCGUACUGCUUUCAGCGACAUCUAGACCUUCUCGCGCGUUGUGUCCACGCAUCCUCUCGACCUGAUCCGAAUGCCAACACCAAGUACCCCGUGUCUGCGCACGACCCGGCCAUUUUCCCCGAAAAACUGUUUUCCCUGGCGUCGUGUCGUCUGCAGCUGGAAAUGCUGUCGUCGUUUCGACAAAUCAACCCAACUUUCUACCGAAAUGGCAUGCACAUCCUCAUCCGAACGGUGCUGGAAUGUCCCCCUCAAGCUCUGCAACACAUCGCCCCCAAGACGGCGGAAGCGGCCAUGUUGCAGUCCAUGUUUGAGUUUUGCACGCACGUGAUUCAAGACUCGAGCAGUACGCCGCCAGAGAAGCUGUCUGCGUUGUCCCUUCUCCUGGCAUUGGGGGAGUCGAGCGGCCUCGCGCGGCACCUGCUGGUGGUCGUGGAGUCGCUGCUGUUGAACCGCGUCGGCGCCGACUUUCCGGACGACACGUUUGCCUCUCAAGUCACGGACGUCGUCGCUCGCUUUGAAGCGUAUCGUGUCACGUUCGACCUGGGCUCGAUUUCGGCCAAAACGAUCAAGUCCAUCCGGCUUCAAGAAGACGACGACAGCGUGUGCGGCACAAUUGCAAGCGACGGCAAGUACUUGUAUGCGUUUACGGGCCAAGGGCUGUCCAAGCUAGGCACGGGGUACCGAGGCACGAUCCUCGGUAAUGUGUACGCGACCCAGCCGCUCGACACGUUUAUGGAAUGGCUGGGGUGGGACGCCUCGAAAGAGAUCCCAUACUUUGUGUACGUCGUGCUCGUGCAGCAGAAGCUGUUUGUGUGGUUUGUCCGGCGACAAGUUGACGCGAAGAUGGUGCCGUUCUUGUUUGAGUUGUCAGUCGACGACUUGGACAUGGUGGCGCGCGACUGCGACGACGCGGGUACCGUCGACCUGAUUGAGAACGCCACCAACGUCGAGUUUUGCAGCGACGGCUUGCACAUGUUUGUGAUUGCCACCACGUCGUCGUCGUUGUCGUGGCGAAAGCUCGAUCCCGCCGACAAUUGGGCGUGUUUGCAGCACGAAACGCUGGACGAGUCGCAUGUUGGCAAGGAAGGCCGGGACAUGCUGACAGGUGAGAUGCUGCCGUUCUUUUACACGAACGGCCACAUCUUGACGGGGACGCUGAAGAAGGACAAGAAGCUCAAGGAACUGUCGAUUGCGUUGGCAACAUCUGUGGUUCAAUACACCGAGUAUGAGAGCGCUCUAACUCCCCACGCGAUUUGCUUUGACGCGCCAAACAAUCUGCUGUGGAGCACGUCGGCCAAGUCGGUGCAAUGCCAUGCCAACACGGGCACCCAGGUGAUUCUCCGCCCCGCCCGCGUUUUGAAUCCAGCGUUGGUGGCCGCCAUACAACCGCAGUCGCUUACCAGUCGAGUCGUGGGGUUGCGGCUACUGUCCCAUCUGGAAUCGAUUGUGGACGCAUACCUUCCAGACGACAUCAACCACAUGGACGUGACUGGCCACGCGGCCAAGAUUGUGUUUGCCGUCGACGUCGACGAAUCCACGUUCAAGUCACUCAUGAAGAUGGUGUCAUCGUUUGCAGACGCAGCAGGAGCGUUGACAGAGUGGCAAGAGUACGUGGUCGUUGUGUGCUUGAAGAUGCUGUCCCUGAAUACGCUGCACUGGCUCGUGCACAAGACACACGCGAUCGCGGACGUUGUGCUCAAGUUGAACUUUCCCGCGGUGCUCAAGUCUCUGAUUGCCACGUCAUCCAACAGUCACAUCGUCGACGCCGCGCGAAUGCUGUUUGUGCUGUCGAUUGACAUUUUCCACACGACCAUAUCGGCGCAGUGGCAGCUCCUUGUGUCGUACAUAGACAAGUUCCACCACAAAACCCUGGCUCCAGAGGAGCGGUCGGUUGUAACGCUCCUUCUGGACCGGCUCGCGUCCAAGCGCAAGACGCAAGACGCCGUCCAGGAAGCUGCGACCGCCGACUUUGACGGCAUGCACUGGUUUGAGAAGCUGGUCCAGUUGUCCGUGGCGAACAUGUCGCUUCAAGUGGCCAACGACGAAGACAAGAGUUUGGUCGAGGUGGGUGAAAAGCUCACGCACUUGGUGCAUUCAGUCGUCCAUGGCGUUCUCGGGGGGGUGUGGGGGCACAUUCUGCCCGUGUCUGUGCUGCUCGACGUGUUUCGCAUUGUGCUGAAUGGAUGCAUCGACAUGUGCGAAUUGGAUGGCACGUCGACCGAUCUGCUGGAAUCGUCGGUGCUGGGCCAAGUGGCCGCUUCUUUGGUCGGGUUUACCCAGACGAUCCUCGUAGCUGACGGACAGCUCGACAACCGCGACCAGUGGGAGGUUGCAGCGUUGACGGAUAUGACGCGCCAAGUACUGUCGUUGCUCGAGAAACUCGUGCCUCUCGUCGCCAGUGUGCAUUCCGACGACCAAGAAAUGUCCAUUGACGUCCAGUACGUGGGCAAGUCGAGUGUGGACAUGGAAUCGGCGCACGAGUACGCCAAUGAUACGCACGAACUCAAGGAACUGCGGCUGGACGGCGCCACGUCCAUGACGAUCACGUUUGACAGUCGCUGCCGCACCGAGCUCAACUACGACUACGUGACAUUUUACCACGACCGGUCGUGCUCGGCGUACUAUGGCGACGAAAAGUACUCUGGCCGAGACUCGUCAUUCAAUUGGCCAGGAGUCGGGUCGAUUCCCCCCCUCGUGAUUGAAAGCGAUAGUUGCGUGGUGCUGUUUCACUCGGACGGGUCCACAGUUGACUGGGGGUUCAAGUUCACAGCGGUAGCCAACGUAUCGGAAAACAAUGUGUCGCUGCACCUACACUGGCUUGUGGCCGUGGAGGAGCAGCUCACCAACUUGCUCUCGACCGUCGCAACCCUCGGAUCGACGUGGAUGCCGCUCGAUGCUGCUUUGGAGACGGAUCAGGCGCAGUUUCUAGACAAUGAUUUGCUGCACGGGGGUGUCGACGAUGCCACCGACGACGACACGGAAGUGUCGGCGUUCUUGCGCGAAUUGAUCGAGCUGAAUACGCCCGACUCACCGGCGGCGCAUGUGGCCAAGACGCUCAAGCAGCAUACGAUUCAAGACCAAGGCGCAGUGGCGCACAUCAACCGCGCCGUGCGUGCCGUCGCCGCCGCCAUGUUGCAUCACAACAUGUCGAGUGUGGAUGCAUACGCUCUAGGCCAAGGUCGCGCCUCGAACCCCAACCCGGCGUUGCUCAAGGCGUGGAAAAACGCUCAAAAGAUGCGCAAUUGGUUUGACGUGGGCGAUGCCAAGCGGCCGACGCGGCACCCCGACGAGUCGUCGACUUCCCCGCCAUCUUCUACGAAACCAAAGCUGACCCGGCAACCGUCGGCGUACGUGGGCGCGUCGGACGAUUCGCUGCGGACGCUGUGCGCCAACGUCGAGGAACGGGCGACCUUCUUGCUGUCGCUGGCCCCGGCGUCGUUCAGCUUGGCGACGGCGUCCGACGACCCGACGGGGGCAAAGAAGCGGUGGAACUUGCUGGCGCAGUAUGGCACGGCGUUGAAGCAGGGCGACACCAACGCCGCGGCGAUCCUCAAAAAGUGGCAUCUCCUCGUGGACGAAGUCGAAGCGGCCACGGAACUCAAGCGCAAAAUGCUGUAUCGAAAGCAGUCGGCCGGGCGAUACCAAGGCAGCCACGAAAAGACCGUGACGGAAUUGGUGCUCGAGUUUGUGCAGAGCGACGUGGUUGUGUCCGACUUGGCGGCGGCGGUCCAGCUGCGGAACCGCCGCGCGCAAUUCCGGUUGCUUACGCUCACGAUUCUGUUUCGAACGUCCGAGAUCAGCCGCAAUGGCCGCCUUCUACACACGUUGGUCGAGCGCGUGUCCACGUCCUUGUCUGAACUGGAUGCGAACAAAGUACACUUUUCAACGCACACCCACGGGUGCUCGCUGUCGCUUCGAAACAACUUGCGAGGGGAGUUUGCCAAGGUCCUCCAAGUGUUUGCAAAAGUCCUUCGCCAGGUAAACAGUACGCCGCCGCUCGUCGGCAGUGUCUUGAAGUGCAUUGCCAUGGAUUACGACAUCAAAGAAGACGCCCAUCUGCUCUUCCAGAGUUCCAUUGUCCCAGCCGUGUUCAACUUGUUGCUGUCGGCCCACCCGGUCGUCCGAAAUGCCGCCCAAGCCACUGCCCGCGUCUUGUUGGAGCGGUUCAUGGUCAAGGAAAAGGAGUCGCAUGUGCAAAAACUACUGUGCACCCGUGUGCAGCAUUACGUGGACCAAGUGCAUGGCUCCGUCGGGGGGGCGGGGGUGUUCCUCCCCCAGCAAGCGAGUUUCUUCACCUCGGACGCGGCGUCGUUUGUGUCUUUGGGGCUUUGGGUAUAUGUGCCACGAAUAGAGUGGCGACCCCUCCGCCAAGGGGACCUUGUCGUGGUGGGGCCCCAGUGGACCGACGGCCCCCAAGCACAACCCACGGGGGUUGUCCUCGCUGUGCAUGGCAACGACAUCUCCGUCGAAUGGCAUGCGCAAGGGGCGCAAAAGGCCAAGAAAGGAUUCCACAAGUAUGACGUGGCCAGCACAGUCCUCGAAGUGAUCCCGGCCGACCAAGACCCCCGCGGUCAAAUUUUGCUGCGCACGAAUCACACCGACACCCCGUGGGGGCAACUUUGCCUCCGAUUGACCACAGAAGUCAAACUCGAAGCCUCCGUGAGCCUGGGUCCGUCGCAGUCGACGACCAUCAUCGGCACUGACCCCAUUCCAGUCGACACAUGGCAAUACGUUGUGCUAAAUCGCGAGAACGACGUGCUUCAGAUGACGAUCCAAGGGGAAGUCGCCGCACAAGUGCCGCUGUGCGACGUGCUCAAGGCGCACGGACCGACCCACCCAAGAUAUGUCGUUGAAUCGGCCCAUCCUUUCCAUGGCCAAGCCGAGCAAUGGUCCUUCUUCCCCGUGUCGAUUCCGAACGCUACGCUCGUCCGCAUCACGUUUGACGCCCAGUCCAACUUGACCCAAGCGUCCAAUUACAUUGCCAUCUACUCGGAUGUGACCAUGGAAAUUGCAUAUGGGGAAAACAUGUACAACCAAGCGUUUGGCAACUUUCCUGGCGUCGGCGACAACACGGGGCUUGAGAUUCCGUCUGGUGACUUUGUUGUGGGCUUGUACACUGAAGAUACGUCCGAAUUAUGGGGAUUUCGCAUCACGGUGCAAGUUGUGGAAAGCAGCACUUUAGAUUUCAAUAAUGCCAACAACAAUACCCCGUUCCAAGUGUACUUUGGCGAAUCGCCGAGUCGCGUGUCCAACGAGAAGGCGGCGGCGUGCUACAUUGAAGACUUCAAGCUGUUUGACACUGCCCCGCCAAGCGGAUGUCCGAAGGCGACGCCGCCGCCGCCACCGCAUUUCGAGUUGGAAGUACAUGCGUCGGAGCUUUGCCUCCACGCGCUAAGCUUGGUCAAUGUCUGCCUAGUCAGCCAAAACGAAUAUGGAAGCCAAGUGAUCUCGCCAUCUGCGUCCUUGCACCACGUGCUGGACCUGGCGUUCUCUCCGACGCUGCCUGUAUCUGUGCGAUGCUGUGCGACUACUGUGGUGAGUCGCCUGCUGUCCAACGCUCAAGUGGAUGUGGCAGACUUGGACGUGUACAUCGCCAAGGCAUUUGCAACGCUAGCGUCGACUGUGGACCCGUGGGCAAACAAGCCAUCGCAGCUGUUUCGUCCGUCGGCGUCGGAUGCAAUGUGGCUAUCGACGUGCUACGCGGCGUUCCUACGCGCCUGUUGCCAUCAAAUCGACUGGGGCGGGUCCAUCUCGACGACGUUGAUGCAAAAACUGACAGAUCCCCAUGCUUUCGAUCAACGUUUGGCGGCAUUGGCCGUUCUGGGGGGGACGGUCGAUGGUGUUUUCGUAGGCAGUCGCGUCUCUUGUUUGGUCAAGCGCGACGCAGUGGAGGUGGGCACGCUGUUGAAGUUUGAGUUGGUGGGCGGCCAGCGCAUGGCUCGAGUGCUUUUCGACAUGGACAUGACCAAGGUUGAUUCAAUCAAUUUGGACAAGAUCACAAUGGCGAACAAGCGCACGCCGCUGUACCUGACGACCUUGUACGAUCGGCUCAGCCCGUCCAUGCACGCCCUCGUCGACGUCCUACACGGACUGAAUGUGUCGGCGUCUUCUCCCACCCAGCAGCAGCAGCAUCUGGAAGCCCAAUCGCGACUGCUAAAGGCCAUUUACUUGCUCAUCCAGCAUCAACCUCAAGCGUCUGUGAUUCCAUUGCUGCGACCGGCGCUGACGGAGCUGGCGCUGUCGCAACAUGACGGGAUGUUGCUCGGUGUGAAACCCACACAACAAGUGUUCGAGUCCAGACAUCCGUACCGCGACGGCCAAGACGUGUAUGAAACCGUGUUUGUGAAAAAUGCUAAGUCGCUCAGGAUUUCAUUCGACGCAGCGUCUCGCACAGAACAAGGGUGCGACUACGUGACGUUUUACAAGGAUUCGUCGCACUCGCAGCGCUGGGGCGACGACACAUACAGCGGCCGCGACGGGUCGGAGAAUUUCCCUGGUUGCGGGGGCCGUCCAGCUCUGGACAUCCCAGCCGACUCGUUCGUGUUGUUCUGGCACUCGGACAGCUCCAACAACGACUGGGGGUAUAAGUUCACCGUCGAAGCCACGUACAAGGACAUCCCUGCGUCGUCGUUCUCCACGGGCGAGCUCAAUCAACGCAUGUACCAUCUGUCUGAAGUCAUGUACGAGCAGCAACAGCAUCAACCGCCCAUCAAGUCGUCCGUCGCGCCCGUAGACUUGAAAGGUGCUGCCAACAACGUCGUCGAAGUGGUCCAGCCCGAUCAAUCUACACGAUCGCAGGACGCGUUCAGGGACUUCAAUCAUGAGAAACCCAUCGUCGAGUGGACCGUGGAGGUGCCGGCGUGCACUGUGUAUGAGACUCAAGCUACGUCGAGCGCCGUACUUGCGACGUUAAGUCGUGGCGAUGUGGUAACUGCGGUCGAGUUCACGGACGAUGGCUGGGUGCACCUUGAUCAUGGUGAAGUGUUGUCUGGGUGGUGCCAACUCACCGAGCCACAGUCGCUCCGACAAGUGGCUUCCCAUCCAUAUCUAGAGUUUUCCACGCGCCUUCCAGGCUGGGACGCCGUCUACACGCCACUUCCAAAGCCCGACGAGCUCACGACACCUAAACGCGAUGACACGGACUCGUUUGAAUCGCAUUUCAACGCAGAAACUAUUGCAUUCACUUCAGCGGACGCGUCGCCGUCGAUCCUGUUGGCGGAAUUUUCGCAGUCCGCGACGGUUCAAUACGCCAAAGAGUGUUUGCGGUCGUACGUGUCGUGCGGGCUCCACGCCGACGACUUGUCUGUGGCCACGUUUGGGCAGUUGGCGCAAUUGUUUGCACUGGAAAAGACACCGAUCGCCGACACGCUGGGCGACCGGCUCAAGGCCCUGGCGUCGCAGCCCGAGUUUGCCGCUGAGAUUGUGUCGUUGCAUUUGUCCGCCGCCGCUGCCGUCACCCAGUCCCUUCCCCGUCGCCAAACGUUCGCAAAGGUCGUACAAGACAUGAAUCGCGAUUCGAUCGAGACGAUUUACUUCCCUGGCGCCUCGUCCAUUCGCAUUGAAUUCGACAAGGACACGCAUUGCCACGAAACCGACGAGUUUGUUCGUGUGUACGACAAACAGGGCGUCGUGGGCUCCAAGUACCAAGGCCCGAAAGGAGGGGGAUGGCCGGGGGUGGGCACCGCCGAGCCGCUGGUGGUGGACUCGGACACGGCCAUCGUCCAGUUUGAAUACGUCAGCGAUACCGGCGCCACGCGGCUGAUUAGGUUUACCGCGUACGGCGAAUACAGACGAGACCGCGCGCCGUCGCCACCGCUGCUGCCUCCAGACUUCCUCGAUGUGAUUCAGUUGUCGUUGUGGGUGUUUUGCCUUGUGGCCCCGUCGCCCGCCAUUCCUAGCACGUCGUUGGCGGCCAUUGUCGACAUGUCGUUGCAGCUAUAUCAAGUCAUGCCAGAGCGAAUUCAGGCGCAUGUGAUCGCGUUGUGGGCAGCGCUCCUGACAAAUCCGUCGGUUUUCAAUGCCUUGACGGCGUGCCAGAUCAAGGCUUGGGUGACGUUUGUCAAGAACAAGCUGCGCCUGCAACACGAGAGCGACCUCCGCCGCCAGUCGAUUCUCCUGCAGCGGUUAGUGCAAACUGUCGUGGACAUGGACAUGCACUUGAACGAGUACCUGCUGCACAUUGAAGCACUCUCAGACACGUUUACGAACUUUGAGUUUGAGUCUGGCUCGACGCUAAGGACCAACAUUACCGCCGGUCCGGUCCUGCUUCGAACUACUCAAGGUGUGAGCUCCGGACGACAUGCAUGGGACAUUCACAUCCAAAACAUGACAAGGCGUGUGGAUAUGGGGAUUGUCGCGCAUGCUUCAGAUGCCUUUUUGAUUGCAUUUCCUCAGGACGUUCCAUUAAACCAAGGCGAUGUCGUCGGGUUCGAGCUCGACUUGCAUUUGAACGUGGUCACAUUCAAGCGGAACGAAGCCGUGGUUGGUUCCCAGCCUGUGGGUGUCGUAACCAGCUCCCUGUACCCGGCUGUUGUCCUGCACGACCUCGUCUGCGACAGAGUGCACAUCACCAAGCAGCCCCCGCUCCGAGCGCAGCUGUGGCCGUCGAUUGCUCAAAAUCCACCGUGGUACAACAAGCUCGUGUCGUCCGUGCGUCUGUUGCGUGGCCUGAACGCUGCGGAUUCGCCCAGCACAAUACACAUUUCCAGUCCAGAUUCAGAGGGAAGCAUCCCUGGAGCCGAAAAAUUGCAUGUGCAUGUCCGUCCAAGUUCCGUGCUGGCUCCAGACACCCUCUUGGCACUUACCAACCCAAAAACCAACUUGUCUAGCGUGUUGGUGGAAAGUGCCAACCAUUUGCUGGCGCCGUCGCCCCAUCUUGAAGCCCAAAUUGCACCCACCGACAUGGUGUUGACGCUUGUGAGUCGUGGCAGCGAUUGGCAAUAUGGCAAUGACGACGGCGCUCCAGGUAACGUGGGGGUGGUGCUGAGUGUGGAAAGUUGGCAAGGAGUAGCCAAGUCGGGUGUUCGUGUCCAGUGGCUCCAUAACGACACUUCGGCCAUUUACCGCUAUGGAUAUCACGGACUGUACGACGUUCAAGCUAUUCCAGCAGUAGAAGCGAUGAACUCGAACGCGGUCGUGGUGGACGGCGAUGCUGUUCAAAUCCAUACCAAGCCCAAGCCACAGACAUUCUUCAAGGGCAGUUUGCACUUCGACGGGACGCAACAAGUGCACAUUCCGCACUUGCCAUCCCUUGACCGCGAUUUUACAAUCCAGUUGUGGGUUAAGCUAGACAAGGUCGAAGCCAGCAGCAUUUUCCACAUUGCGAGCGAAGACCAUGCGUGGUGGAUGGGCUUUUCGCUCACGUCAUCGCACCAAUUGACCUUUACCAUAUGUGACAAGUCGGAAGAAGCCAUGUCUGUGACAACGUCAACCGACUUUGAACGAGGAGGGUGGCAUCGCGUCGACGUUUGCGCGUGUGGAUCGAUGAUCGCCGUUCACUUGGACUCCAAGCUGCUAGGUCACCAGCGCCUUGCUUCGAAACUGACCCUCGAGUCGUCGGCAUGCCGCCUCACGUUGGGCGCGAACCCGUCGACGUCGGUGCAAAAGCUGCACGGACACAUGUUUGGGCUGCGGAUUUGGAACGCUCCGUUGCACUUGCGCGACUACUCUGAGUUUUUCAUCAACGACGAGCGCCAUUUAAUCGACGAGUGCCCUACCUUUGACCAGUUGGCGAUCCAGAGCUCUGUGCAGAUUCCUCCACGUUACAGUGCUUCUGUGGAAGCGAUCCCGCGCGCCAUCGUGGCCAAGUCCCAAGCGCUGUCUGCGAUGACGUUUGACAAUCAAUCGAUGCAUUUUGCCAGCCUUCGAACCAAAUACCUGGGCAUCGUGUCGCCCACGACGUCAACACAUACCAAAGUGUACUAUGAAGUCACGUUGUUCACGGCGUGUUGUGUGCAAAUCGGGUGGUCGUUCAAGGAGUGCGCGCCGUCGGGGGCCACCAGUGGCAUCGGCGACUGCAAAUUGUCGUUUGGACUCAAUACUGUGGCCCAAUCCAAGUGGCAUGGCGAGCGAGAGCACAUCUCAGAGGUGCCAUGGCAAGCUGGAGACGUCGUGGGGUGUUUACUCGACUGGGAUGCGGGCGUCAUGACGUUCUCGGUGAACGGACGAGUGCUGGACAAUAUCUGUUUUACAAGGACAAGUUCCAGUGGUUCUGGCGGUGCGACCCAAGAAAUCAACUCCCCCACCGCGUCCAUGUUAGGCGGAUUGUGGGGCGACGAAGAAGAAGAGGACGAAGGCGACGUCGUGAAUCAUGACGAUGUAUGCGAUGACAAUGCGAAUGAUACUGCUGCCACCACCGAUGCCAAUGUCGAAGCCGCCGGAAACGAAAGAAAUGGAGCACGCCCGACGGUUGUCAACGGAGAUACAGCAGUCGACAACCCUGCAAAUAUCCCCCACAACGUUCCUGAUGAGAUUGCAUGGUUAACCAGCAAUGUUACCGUCGACGAACCGGCGGCUUUGACCGAAUCGACUGCUCCAAGCACGACCGAUCAAGUUGAAGUGGAGCUUGAACCAACUGCAGAACUCCCCGACACGGACAACGACAAGCCAACGAACUCUGCGACAACGUUGACGACGCCCAUCUCGGACAACGCCUGGCUCCAACACGGUGGGAUCUACCCGUCGCUAUCGUUUCGGAGUGCCGACGGCGUGCGGUGGAACUUUGGGCACACGCCGCUGCUACACUGCCCUCCAGGCUAUGUGUCCAUCGCCGAAGCGACGCAAUUCCUCGACCGCCCCGUCGAGUUUGAAAAGUACGAUUUCGAAGAAACCAAGUGGCAAGACGUGGCGUUCCGCCAUCGCGUGAACGAGACCAAGCCAGCGUUGGUGGGCGAGUGGCUGUGCCUAGACGGUCUCGGCGACAAGGUGGCAGACUCAUCGUCGCAUAAACGCCACGGCCAUGUUGCCAAAGAGGCUUGGACGUCGGACGUGCUGGCCCCGGCGUGGAACUCGGAGGUCGGGUAUGCCCUGACGAUUCGCCCAGUGUUUGUCAAGGCAAAAUCGCUGCUAUCGUAUCCGUCGUUGUUUGAACCGUCACCAGUGCCUGGACGGCAGAAAGAAUACCUCGAAAUCGUGCGGUAUGUCAACUCGGUGUGCACGGCGCGGUCGAUGUCCCUUCACGGCCUCUUGACGGCCAAGUGGUCCAGCCUCGCCCCUGACGCCGACGCUUUGCUUCGGUGGCCAAGUCUGGCGGAAUUGACCGAAGCCAAGGCCGACGUCAGCGGUCUAUUUCAAGUACUCGUCGAAUUCAACACGAGAAUCCGCGACACAUUGGGGUUUGUGGAACUGACGAGCUCGACCAGCCGCUUGGCGACGCUCGUGUCGUCGGCUCGGGGGUUCAUCUUUGGCUUGGUCAAGCACGAACUGUGGGAUAUGGUGCUCGAGCAAACUAAAGCCCCCACGUCGCCCGACAUGGCGCUGACCUUGAAUCGACCAAAGGCAUCACGGUGGAAGCCAGCAGUGGGUAGUAGCGCCGACUUCAAUCGAUUUGCCCUGUUUGCCCAAGCUUAUCGGGAAACGCUCAACUGGGUGCCGUCCAUCUAUUGCAGAACCAACAACCUGUACGUUGUGACGUUUUUGGGCGAAAACUCCAUUGACGCUGGGGGGCCAUACCGUGAAACCCUGAGCCAGUACUGCGUCGAGCUGCAAAGCAGUCAGUUGCCGCUUCUAUUACCAGCGCCAAACGGCCAACACAACGUCGGCCGGCAUCGAGAUGCAUGGGUGCUGCAUCCUAACGCCCAUCAGCACCACGCGGGCAUGCUCGUGUUCUUCGGAAAGUUGCUUGGCGUGGCCAUUCGCUCUAAGUACUGCCUCUCACUCAACCUAUCGCAAGUCGUGUGGAAGCUGCUGGUUCAAGAGCCCAUCACGCUCGACGAUUUGGAAGCCAUCGACACACUCGUCGUCAGCUCGAUGCGGUCGCUGCGUACGAUUGAACAGAGCGGGGUCACGGAAGAGAUCUUUGCCGACAUCAUGCACGAAACCAUGACAACGUUGUCUACGGACAACCGCAUGGUAAACCUCGUGGACGGCGGCGACUCGAUUCCCGUGACCUUUGCGAAUCGACAUGCGUUUGCAGACUUGGUCGAAUCGUAUCGCAUGCACGAGUUUGACGUGGCUGCGGGCUUUGUGCGCCAAGGGCUGGGCAUGGUGGUGUCCCUUCGCUUGCUUCGGCUGUUUACGUGGGCCGAGGUGGAGGUGCUUGUGUGUGGGCUUCCAGAAGUGGACAUUGACUUGCUCGAAAAGUGCACCGAGUAUAGCGGCUGCCACGCCACCGACCAGCACGUCGUGUGGUUUUGGGAGGUGCUGCGGGGGUACAACCAAGAAGCACGCCAGGCGUUUCUCCGGUUCGUGUGGGGUCGCUCCCGCCUGCCGCGGUCGGUCCAGGAGUUUCAGAGCGGCCAGCAGUUCAAACUCCAAGCGUUCGAGCGACACCCCGCCGAUAUGUACAUGCCCGUGUCGCACACGUGCUUUUUUUCGCUAGAGUUGCCCCGAUACAUGUCGCUCGAAGUGCUGUCGUCCCGUCUCACGUACGCCAUCUACAACUGUGUGGCUAUCGACGGCGAUACCAACACGAUGCAAGCAAAUCAGCUGGGCUGGGAAGACUAGACCUUGCACAACCAAGCUAAUAAUGUUCUGGUGAAUGCAGUACUUACUACAUACUAUUAUAGUGCAUAUGUAUGAGUGUUGUUUGAACGCUG